AUGCGAAGAGGAAUAGUGUCAUCCAUCUUAUCAGGAAUAAAACUAGGUCUGGACCACAACAUACGAAUUACAUCCACCAUGCUGGAUGCAAUACAUGACGCUCGGAAAGGUCGACUACACCCAGGAAUAAUCUCAUCACAACAACUGGAGCCUAUUCUCCGAGAUAUUCAGGACAACCUAACGCAAGUCCGUUUUCCUCUGCCCGGUCUUAGGGUUAGCAUCGACGAAUUAAUCAAAAUAGCGACGACCUCUAUUUGGUGCGAGAUCGAAAACAUAAAGAUACUCAUUGAUAUUCCAUUAUUGGAGGAGUACCGCUAUCAAGCGUUCAAGAUUCAUCCCCUCCCUACCAUACAAAAGGACUUAGGUAGUGGAAAACAAAGAGCAUACGUGAAUUCAAAAUACAACUACCUCGUUGUCGAUGACGCAAAGCGAACUUACUUGUUUCUUAGUGAAAAGGAGUGGGGAAGUUGCCGAACCACCGCAGCUUAUCAUGCUUGUCUGGAAGGCGUGCCCAUCUACGAACUUCACGAACGACCCUCAUGUGAACCUAUGCUUCUCCUUAAACCAACUAUCGAAGCCAUGAAAUCCUGUCCAAUCAGAAUAACAUCAAAUCUGAAUUCUUACUGGACACCGCUAAGAACACUGGCCUCCUGGCUCUAUUCUUUUGCAGGACCGGAGAUUGUCACUAUCUCUUGUCAUUCUAUGAACCCAAUCAACCUAAAUUUAACUGGAACCGGAAUAAUGAAGUUAGCUCCAGGAUGUUUUGCGCGAACCGAAGAUGUCACCAUUCCAGCCAAUCCUGCGCAAAAAGGACAAUCUGAGCUGAUUUAUGGAGCUGAAUUGCACCUGAACCUAUUAGAAAUCUCGCCUCUUGUAUCCACACACGCCAACCUAGCUCUGACCUUAGAAGAACAACAAGCAGAAUUGAGUAACACCAAAUCAAUAACGUCUCACUUCGACGCCAACUCCAAAACACUCGACGAGUUGGAACAAGAACUACAGGAUUUCGCAAUACAACGACAUUUUAAAAGCAAACAGGCCACUUUAGUUUAUGGAUCAUAUGGAGGAUUGACCCUAAUUGUUGUCUUUAUUCUGCUGUAUGUCUGCAGGAAGCCUAUAUUAAAUGGAGUCAAUACCCUUCAAAACACUGUAAAUCCCAAACGAGGACAAGUCAAACUUGAGACCCAUUUUCGACCCCAGCCGCCGGAGGACCAUCGGACGAGAAACAACCGACCGACCAAGGAUCAAAAGAAAUCUUUAAGACAUCAAUACCACAGAAGAACGAGUCAUCCGAAGGAUGUAUGCCAACUACAUCCAAGUUCACAUAUUUAUCAUCACCGAAAUCAGUUGUCACAUUACCAAUACAAGGACUACAACCAGUGUAACCGUAAUGUGGUAAGAAUGUGCAAUUAUUAAGGUAAGAGCAGCAAUGAUUUACGUAGGAAAAAAAAUCUGCGGCAUGAAAUAAUAAUAUCUCAUUAGCAAGGGCACCUCGUCAUCGGUCUAACCGAUAGGAGCUAAAAGCCAUUUCACUAACUGCCGACUGAAGCGCCCUUAAGUGCCCGUUCUCCCUUCUACCACGCAACCAAAGGUACCCGCUCUCAGAAGAAUAAACUUAUGAAGGCGAGUGCCCGUGGCUUGCAGCAGUGUUAGGUCAACACGUUAUCAUUGCUGAUCAUUGCCAAAUAAUUCAUUAAUGUAACAUACAUGAGAUUUUCCUCACUUGUUCCAAAUAUAGUGAUGUGUUCAAUUAAUUAAUAUUUCGUAAUAUUAGUAUAUUGAUAU